GCUGCCGGCAGGCUGAUGUCAGCCGCUCCGCAGCCGGGAGCCGCCGCCGGGAGCCGGAGGGCGCCUGCUAGGGACAGGAGCGAUCCGGCAGCCCGGGGGCUCGGGGAGGCGGCGGCGGGCUGGCGCGGGCGGGCAGUGAUGCGGGGCCAGGCGGCGGGGCCCGCGGUUGCAGAGGACGCCCGCAGAGACUGGUUCCCGCCGGCAUGGACGGUGUGCCCCGUGGGCUACAGACUGGGGUUUGUUGGUAGGAAUCCUUUGUGCCAGCAGCAUCAGCAGGUAGCAUUCACUGUAGAGCUGAAGCCUGACAUUCAGAGAGAAGCCAUGAUGGAUGCCCCGGAGAGCACGACGGGCCGGAGGUCUCUCACGUUGAAGCGCAGGUUCCUUUGGAAGCUCCGCCAGAAGUGGAAGCUCCUGGGCCUCUUUGAGAUCAACAGGGAGCACGAGUUUUAUGACCUGACCUGCAUGCUGAAGGUGGGGCUCAGGGCCGCCAUCCAAGAGGCCAUUGACAACCCGCCUGCGGAUGCCCUGAGCGACGCAGACUGCAAGGCCGUGCUGAAGCAGGCCCAUGAGGGCUUUGAGAUGCGUACGUACAGUGGCCCGGCCUUCGCUCACUUCAGGCACUCGCUGGGCAUAUCGGAGAAGGAAUAUCAGCUGUCCCUGUCCUCUGGGAGCACCUACCUGCAGUUCAUCAGCAACUCCAAGAGCAAGGCUGACUUCUUCCUGACGAACAACAAAUGCUUCUUCCUGAAGACUCAGAGUAAGAGAGAGAUCCGGUUCCUCCUCUCCAACCUGCCCAAGUACAUCCAGCACCUUGAGAGAUACCCCCACUCCCUCCUCGUCAAGUUCCUGGGGGUUCACAGCAUCAUCGUGGCACAGGAGAAGAAGAAAUACUUCAUCAUCAUGCAGAGCGUGUUCUACCCCGAUGAGAGAAUCCUUGAACGGUAUGACAUUAAAGGGUGUCAGGUGAAUCGCUGGACAGAGCCCGCCCCUGAGGGCAGCCAAGUCAUCGUGGUGCUGAAGGAUCUCAACUUCGAAGGAAAUUCCAUCCACCUGGGUCAGCAGCGCUCCUGGCUCCUAUGCCAGAUGCAGCUGGACACGCAGUUCCUGAAGGAGCUGAAUGUGCUGGAUUACAGCCUGCUGGUGGCAUUUCAGGCCCUGCAUGCAGACGAAAAGGGCCAGAACCUGUCCUUUGCAGACAUCAUUUUCAGGACCACCAAGUCCUUGAGCAAUCCCGAGAGCUCCCUGCUCACCUCCAAGUCAGGGAUCAUGGAUGAAGAGUCUGACAUUCUGAUGUCUGAGAUGGUAGGAGAAGUCGACCUCUACCGACUGCAUGAGCUGAAUUCUGGGGUGCAGGACGUCAGCUUCCAAAGCAGCGCCAAGUCUGACCAUGAUCUGGCCUACAUCCUGGCCCAGAACCGACGCUUGCUGCCCACAUGCAGGAGCGCUCUGCACUUGCUUGAUGGCCCGGAGCUCCGCUACUUCAUGGGCAUCAUUGACCUGUUCACCGUGUACAGCUUCCCCAAGAGGCUCGAGCACCUGUGGAAAUGCAUCCGGUACCGGGGACAAACCUUCUCCACCGUCAGCCCCUCAGAUUAUGCCAGGCGCCUCUGCCAGUGGGUGGAAUCACACACUGUAUGAGUGGGGCCCUGCACUGGGGCUGAAACUGAUGGCAGCUUCCCAGACAGCCCCACUCGCUCGCUGGGAGAGUUACAAGCCCACAGACCAUGCUGCAAGCUGCCUGCUGCUGAUCUCCUGCACCACCAGGGGGCAGCCUCAAGGCAGCAUCGCCGCUGUGUUACUGGAAUGCUGCGGAAGGACCAUUCCCAGCGUCCUGAGAGCAGGUUUCUGGCAUCAGAACUGAAGAGGUCGGGGGGCCGUGACCCUGCAGGCAGCAGCUGUCCUGCAGCAUGCUGUGGGGAUGGGGUUCAAUGUCGGUGCCGCAAGUGUCCAAGGAACCCAGUAAAUGGGGAAUCCGUGAACCAGCUGCCAGUUUGCAUUGCUCCCGUGUAGGGUGUCUCUGGGUGUCCGGGGUUGGAUCACAGAAACCCCCUUGGGCCUGCCACCUGAUGUGUUGGGACUACCUCUGAGCCCAUUUUCCUGGCAGCUUGGGAUUUCAGUACCUUGCCUGUUAUGCCAGACA